AUGGAGAACUCGGGCCAAGAAUCCAACCUCACAUCGGAAACCUCCGCCACCUACAAUUCCCCAUACCCACUCUACUCCCUGGCCUUCUCCCCAACCCACCGCCACCGAAUCGCCGCCGGCAGCUUCAUCGAGGACUACACGAACCGGGUCGACAUCCUCUCCUUCGACCCGGAUUCCCUCUCCAUAACCCCAAACCCUACCCUCUCCUUCGACCACCCUUACCCGCCCACCAAGCUCAUGUUCCACCCCUCCCCUCCCUCCUCCUCCGGCGGCGACAUCCUCGCCUCCUCCGGCGAUUACCUCCGCCUCUGGGACCUCCGCGACGACGGCGGCGGCUCCGUCGAGCCCAUCUCCGUCCUCAACAACAGCAAGACCAGCGAGUUCUGCGCUCCACUCACCUCCUUCGAUUGGAACGAGAUCGAGCCAAAACGAAUUGGCACCUCAUCAAUCGACACCACCUGCACGAUUUGGGACAUCGAGAAAUCGGUAGUGGAGACGCAGCUGAUUGCGCACGAUAAGGAGGUGUACGACAUUGCUUGGGGGGAAGCCAGGGUGUUUUCUUCGGUUUCCGCUGAUGGGUCGGUAAGGAUUUUCGAUUUGAGGGAUAAAGAGCAUUCCACCAUUAUCUAUGAGAACCCGCAGCCUGAUACACCUCUGCUUAGGCUAGCUUGGAACAAACAGGAUCUUAGGUACAUGGCCACGAUUCUGAUGGAUAGUAACAAGGUUGUGAUACUUGAUAUUCGCUCGCCGACCAUGCCGGUUGCUGAAUUGGAGAGGCACCAGGGGUGUGUGAAUGCCAUUGCUUGGGCUCCGCAGAGCAGUAAGCACAUUUGCUCCGGUGGGGAUGACUCGCUGGCUCUCAUUUGGGAGCUGCCGACUGUGGCUGGACCGAAUGGGAUCGAUCCCAUGUCGAUGUACUCUGCUGGCUCGGAGAUUAACCAGCUGCAGUGGUCUUCCGCGCAGCCCGAUUGGAUCGCUGUUGCAUUUGCUAACAAAAUGCAGCUCCUGAAAGUUUGA